CCAUUUUUCUAAGAUUUGACGAAAUCAAAAAGUAUAGAUUGAUAAAAUUGUGUAAAAUAGAGUCUAUAAGAGAAGAAAUACUGCAUAAAUGAAUAGUAAGCGAUCCUAUUACUGUAUAGAUAAGUGUCAGAACAGUUUCGAUCGCUGCAAACAGUGCAUCGCGAGCGGGAAUGCGUUUUAUCAGACCGGUGUUACUGGUUGCGAUCGCGCUCGUCGAGAUAAUGAGCGAACAAACGGCGAGUCGCGCAUCAGUCUCAUCCUGUUGACGGACAGGACUGCUCACAGUACUCACAAUCUACGAUCGAUCUUCAAUUGUCCUGAACUCUGUGUCUAAUUAGUUGAUUAGAAAGAAUCGCGUGCCGUAAAUCCGGUGACACUAUCCUGUUGGUUUUUUUUUUCAUCAAGGCCGGAUAUAUAUUCUGUUUGUUCUGAUUGGCUAUGAGUUCUCUUCGAUGGAACAGUGUUAAAUGUUUACCUGUGCUCGUCUGCUAAAAUCCUGACCUGUUUAACGCUACUGCAAUUUAAAGAGACAAAUCGUGACGAUUCAGGUGGCAUAUGUUCCGUUGAGCGGGAGCCGGCGUACGAAAGCAAGAGUGAUGGGAAUCGACAGUAUGAGAGUCGGCGGAGGCAGAUGCCCGCCCCUCCUAGUCGGAGGACUCCUGCUGGCGUGUCUCAUGCUCGUCUGCAGCUGGUGGACUUUGUCUUCCGAGAAUCUCGAGCUCAUCAGGCAGAUCGACGAUCUGAAUGAACAGCUUAAAAUAAGUGCUGAAGAAAGAGAUCAGUGCGUAACAUUGCGUGGUAACUUGGAACAAAGGUUUAAGCACACGGAAGAUGAGUUGGCUUCUUUGCACGUCCGUUUGGAGCAGCAGAUGGAUUUUAAAAAGAAAAAUGAGGAACUUGAAGAUUCAGUUACUAUGUGUAAAAGUGAGCUAGACUCGCUAAACAAACUGGACGCCACAAAAACUGCAACAUUAGAAACAUUGAGAUUGGAAAAGGAUACAAUUAAUACUCAAUUAGAUGUAAAGCGAGAUGAGAAUAAGAAGCUUCAAGAAGAAAUAGAUAGGCUGAAAGGAGAAAUAGAUCAAUUCAAACUUGCUUGCAAUUCGCCACCUGAGAAGAAGGCAACUCCAAAUCUUGAGCUAUCAACGACAGUGGUCAUUAACAAGUCUCAAUUGCAUCCUGUACCGGAGUCUGCUGUAAGAGUAUCCGUAGCUGGUCAGCGAGGUUUGAAGUACUACGGAAUUCCAAUCCUACCAAGCAACCCACCUGGUGCUGUGCGCCAAACUCCUCGUUUCUCAGUGACUAUGUUGAAGAAAGUUGAAACGGAAUCGAAACAAGCCAUGAAUGACUCGACGAAUAAUUCCGCAGAGCAGGAUAAUCCAGUUGUCAACAUUUUGGAAGAUCCUGAUAAUCGUGCACGUGAUAACAAUGGAGAUGACGUACAAAACACAGAGGAAAUUACGCUACUUCCAGACAAUUAUGAAGAAGAUGAUAAAAUGCAAGUUGUCACAAAGAAAUCUGGAGGCAAAAUUAUAUUAGUAUCACGCAAUAUAACUUUGAAAUAAAC